AUGGCGUGGCACUGUGGCGGCAGGACAAACGCUGAAUUGAUUGAGAACCUGUUCAAAGCCAAGCUUAUAACUAGUUCUAGAGUUCGGGAUGCGAUGCUCAAUGUUGAUCGUGCCCACUACUGCCCAGACCCAUACUACGCCUACGAAGACUCACCUCAAAGCAUCGGGCACGCUGCUACGAUAUCUGCUCCACAUAUGCAUGCCUCGGCCGCCGAGUCCCUUCUCCUGUUCCUAAAGCCUGGUUGCAGAGUACUAGAUAUAGGCUCGGGAUCUGGAUACUUGACUGCCGUGCUGGCAGAGCUCGUAAGUCCUCAGAAAGAAUCUAGCGCAGAUACUGCCAUUGCGAGAGUGGUAGGACUGGAACAUAUAAAGGCGUUGAGGGAUCUAGGUGAAAGGAACAUGUCAAAGAGUGAGAGGGGUAAAGAACUGUUGAAGGAUAACAGGGUGAGCUUCGUUGUAGGUGAUGGUAGGAAAGGCUGGACCCAUGGCCAGGAUAGUGAGAAAGGAUGGGAUGCUAUUCAUGUUGGAGCAGCUGCUGUUGAACUUCACCAGGAAUUGAUUGAUCAACUGAGAAGUCCAGGCCGGAUAUUCAUUCCAAUUGAAGAUCCUCGCGGAGGAGGUCAGUACAUCUGGGUCAUCGACAAAGACGCCGAUGGUGUAGUGACAAAGAAGAAGAUGUACGGGGUGAGAUACGUUCCUCUGACGGACGCCCCGAACUGA